AUGAGCACAGGGGGCCCAAGCGGAGGCCCGCGAUCGGCUGGCGCGCGGGCGGCUGGCGGAGCAACAGGAGCCGCUGGCGGAACCGGCAUCGGCGGAGCGGGGAGGGGCACAGCGCCGGGGAAGACUCCGCCGAAACACCCCUUGGCGCGGCGGCUGCGCGGGAAGAAAACCGAGGAAACCCUCGCAAAGGAGAUAGGCGUGGUGAUGGUGCAGCUGGGGAAGCUAGAGCCUGGGGGGGAGCGAAAGGUGCGGCACGUGCUGCGGAAAUAUGCCAAGUGCUUUGGCCCCGAGUGCGUUUUAGGCGCUCUGAACGAGCUCAUGCGCCGGAACGACGUGGACCGUACGAUCGAGGCGUUUGAGUGCAUCCGAACCGCCCACUGGUUCGAGCCGGAUCCGAUGCUGUAUGCGCGGAUGAUUGAGGUGCUGGCGCGGAACUCGCGGACUGACACUGCUGCUGCACUCUUCGCCUCCAUGGAUGGCGGCCCUGCUGUGCCCCUCACUGGGGAAUGGCUAUGCUGUUGGGAUUCUGGCAGUGAUGACGAUGAUUUUAGUGGUGAUGACGAGGAUGGGUCGGACGAUGAGCUGGCACGAAACCCAGGGUAUGAUGACGAGGAUGAGGAUGAUCCGGAUGGCGACCGGUGGGGCACGAGCAAGGGGCGGCGGAGGCGACUCAAGAAGAAAGCUGCUGCUGCUGGAGCAGCGCCAAAAGGUUCUUUAGCAGCAGCAGCGUCAAAAGGUUCUUUAGCAGCAGCAGCGCGAGGAGCAGGGGGAGGAAACCGAGUUGGAGGAGGAUCAGGAGGGGCAGGAGGGGCCGAAGGAACAGCGGCAACAGCGUCGGCAGCAGCGUUGGCGCAGUUACCGCGGUUGAAGGCGUGUGUGCGCACGCCGUCGGUGUAUGCAGCGAUGAUCGAGGCGUAUGGGCGCCGCCACCAGGCCACGGCUGCCCUUGCGCUGCUGCACCAGAUGAAGGCCACCCCCGGCUGUGCUCCAGAUGCUGCGGCUUAUGGGUCGGCAGUGAAGGCACUAUGCCUGAUAGGCCGCACCACGGAGGCAGAGGAAUCUUCUAGCGGACAUGGCGCACAGGGGCGUGCUGCCCGACGCCACUCCCCAUGUUUGCUCCCCUCUUUACUCACCCCUGGUCGCAGGUCGGCAGUGAAGGCACUGUGCUUAGUGGGCCGCACCACGGAGGCAGAGGAUCUUCUAGCGGACAUGGCGCACAGGGGCGUGCUGCCCGACGCCACUCCCCAUGUUGCUCCCCUCUUUACUCACCCCUGGUCGCAGGUCGGCAGUGAAGGCACUGUGCUUAGUGGGCCGCACCACGGAGGCAGAGGAUCUUCUAGCGGACAUGGCGCACAGGGGCGUGCUGCCCGACGCCACUACCCCAUGUUGCUCCCCUCUUUACUCACCCCUGGUCGCAGGUCGGCAGUGAAGGCACUGUGCUUAGUGGGGCGCACCACGGAGGCAGAGGAUCUUCUAGCGGACAUGGCGCACAGGGGCGUGCUGCCCGACGCCACUCCCCAUGUUGCUCCCCUCUUUACUCACCCCUGGUCGCAGGUCGGCAGUGAAGGCACUGUCGGCAGUGAAGGCACUGUGCUUAGUGGGCCGCACCACGGAGGCAGAGGAUCUUCUAGCGGACAUGGCGCACAGGGGCGUGCUGCCCGACGCCACGCCCUUCAACGCCCUGAUUGGACGCGUACGGGGGAGCGGGGCAGCUGCAAGCUGAUGCGAGACAAGUUCUUUGAGCUCACCAGCGUGGGGUUGAGGCCCGAAUGUGCGCACAUUCAAUGGACUCAUCCGAGGUUUCGGCAGCUGGCUUGUUAUCAGAGAUGGAGGCGGUGUUUGAGAACAUGCAGAUGGGGUAUCGCACUGCACCCAACGUACAUACCUUCCACGCCCUCAUGGAUGGCCUAUGGCGCCCACGCCCUCACAUCCCUGCACCGCCAAGACGACAGCAUGCAGCAGCACGUGGUGCUUGAGCGGCAGGAGGAGGCUGGGGGAGCAGCAAGAGCUGCAGGGGAUGCGGAUCGAAGCAAGGCAGCGGGUGGCAAGGGAAGCACGAGCAGGGGCAGCAAGAGUGGGGGCAGCAAGAGUGGGGGCAGCAGGAGGAAAAGGUUGCAGGGUGGAGGAGGAGAGGUGGGGAUGAUGGAGGAGCGGAGGGGCAGCGCGGGGGGAGGCAGCGGAGUGCAGAGCGCAGGCGGGGUGUGUUUGAGCGCAUGCAGCGCACGCUGCUGCAUCCUGGUGAAGAUGCGCUAA